AUGUUUAGUCACUUGAACUUGAGACAGUCUUUCAACAAGUCAUUGUUGUCAACGAUCCUGUUGAUUGCUGUGUCACAGUUCAACUUUGGCUUUGAUCAGCAAGGGUUCAACUCGACACAAGCCAUGGACGCAUUCGAACGACAGUUCGGCUGGUACAACCCGACGAAAAAGGUGUACUAUCUUGAGAGCUGGUGGCUCUCCCUUUUUGCAGGUCUACCCUACAUCGGAUUUGGGAUCGGGAUUUUAAUCGGAAGUUCAGUGAGCAAACGAUACGGCAGACGGAUGUGCAUGUUCUCCAUGAGCAUAUGGUCAUGCAUUUCGACAACUGUAAUUAUGACUUCGAAGAAUCGAGACCAGAUCCUGGCGGCGCGUAUACUAGCAUACAUCUACAUCGGCAUGGAGCUGGCCGUCGUACCGAUUUACCAGUCUGAAAUCACACCACAGAGUGCCCGUGGCUUUGUUGUUGGGACAUACCAGCUAAGUCUCGCUGCGGGCGGUUUAGUCGUGAACGCAGUUGCGCGAGGAACUGGCAGCUUGAGCUCAUCAGCCGCGUACCUGAUUCCCUAUGGUCUCUUCUACGUGGUUCCGUUGAUAGUCAUCGCCGGAAUAUGGUUUGUUCCUGAGUCUCCGCGUUGGCUUGCAAUGCAAGGCCGAGAUGAAGAGGCCCUUGUCGCCCUCACGAAACUCCGCGAAGGCAAGUUCAUCGAAGAACAAAUUGCCGCCGAAAUGGCACACAUCCGCGCCGGCAUAGACCGCGAAGUCGAGAAGGGUACAUUCAAAGACAUGUUCCACGAUAAGCAGGUUACGAAGCGAACCAUGUCAGUAAUUGGCGUCAACUUCUUCCUGCAGGCGACCGGCUCCAUCUUCGCCAGCGUCUACGGUGCAAUUUUCGUGAAGCAGCUGGGCUUCAUCAACCCAUUUACCGUGACAAUGAUUACCUCUAGCAUCAAUAUCGUCAUGUGUGUGUGCUCCAUGGUCCUCCUGGACAAGAUGGGACGAAGAAACGUCAUCUUUAUCGGCGGAUCAAUUCAGACGGCUGGCCUUUUCGCUAUGGGAGGCCUCGGUCUCACAUCCAACCCGAGCGUGGCCGUCAAGUCUGCCAUCGUCGCCAUGAUGAUAGUAAUGACCACCGGCUUCGUUCUGGGAUGGGCACCCACUUCCCAUGUCCUCUCGGCCGAAAUCCCAAGCAUGCGCCUGCGUGACAUUACCUACCGCACCGCCAGUGUCGUCAACAUCGUCAUGCAAUUCACCGUCGCUUUCACGAUGCCAUACCUGCUCAACGCACCGUAUGCAAACUUGGGAUCGAAGGUCGGUCUGAUCUUCGGCAGUAUAGCCUCCUUGUCGCUCGUCUUUGUUUAUCUAUGCGUCCCGGAGUGCAAGGGCCGCACGUUGGAGGAAAUCGACAUGUUAUUCGAGAUGAAAGUGCCAAUGCGGCAUUUUCAAAAGGUGGAUUUGUCACAGGCAAACACUCACACCGGAAGUCCCAAGCACGACGAAGAGACUGCCUCAGAAGUGGCUAUCCCAUUUCGAGUGCAAGGCAAAAGCUGA